UAUCUUCAGAAAAGGCCAGCAACGUUUUUUUUAAAACAUUGAAUUUGACGUCCUAAACGUUUAGAGAUAAUAUUUACUUAUCUAUCCAAAAUUCUAAUAGUAAUACUUGAUAUUAUGUAGAUCUAUAUACCAGCCAUUUAAGAUCUGGGUCUAAAGGACCUAAGGCACAGAGAAGGCAGUUAUAAACAAAUUAAAGAAUUAUACUGAUAAAUAAUUAUACAAUGGAUACACCACAAGUUCAGAGCCUACAGGAUAAUGGAAAUAGAGAACAGGAUGUUGAUAAGAUACAGAUAACUGAUGAUGAUGAAGAUGAUAAUGACGUUGUUAUCAUGGAUGAGAAGGAGGUGGAAGAGGCAGAAAAGGCAGCAACACAUUUAACUUUGAGUGAAAUAUCAAAAGCAAUAGAAGAGGCUAAAGAAAUAGCAAAACAGACGGAGAAGGAGAUCGAGUAUAUGAGUAGAGAGCUGGAGAACAUGCAGUGCAAUUUGAGUGACACCGUAUACAAAAGCCUGCAGUUUUUGGUUAAUAACCCAAAGUGCCAGAUCAAUAUUCCAAUAGAUGAGCCAACUUUGGACAAGAUGAUCAACAGUGUGUUGGAGAGCUUGCAGCCAGAGGACUGUGGGGAUCUCACUGAGAAUGAGUAUCACAGGAUCAAUGACAAGCUGACCCUUCUUGAAAGGGCUAAUCAAUCAGUUUCAAAGCUUUUCCUUGACUGCCAUGCAAAACUCAAACAAUUUAAACAAGGUCUUUUGGCUGAAACAGCAGAGGUGGAAUCAAACAUUGGCAAGUUUGAAAAAACCAUGUCAGAAACCACCCUGCUGAUUGACAGUGAUGAUGAAGAUGCUAGCGCUGUCUCCAUCAUCAAAUCAUCCAAAGCUGUGCCACAGAGCCAGGAACAGAACACACGGAGUGGGAAGACAACAGCUCCAUCAGCCGUAUCACCUCUACAUCCUCAGCUACAGAGUGCUUUAGAAUCUCCCUCCCUAGAACAGUUGCGAUCUAAUUUUGUCAGUGCUGUACACAAAUCAAUGCCUAAUCUUAUAUCUAGUCUACAAAAUCAACAGAGUUACGCAGAACCCCAGGCCCAGACACAAACAUCCCAGGACAGUCAAACUGCGAGGUCAACCACCCUGCAAACGGCCAAGUGGCCAGAGCUCAAAGUUUCUGAUAAAGUUCUGGGAAAAAAAUUCAAUGAUGUCUGGUACAGUGGAACCAUUCUGGACAUAUACCCACCUUCUGAAGGCAUAGAAUGGAGGUGUAAGGUCAAGUUUGAUGGUAAAGGUCAGAAAGUUUUGCCUGGUAAACAUGUCGCGUACAGGGAGCCAAUCACAUUUUUUAUAAGAGUUGGAACACGUGUAGUGGCUUUAUACAGGGAAGAUGAUGCACCCAGCUCUUUCUAUGCUGGGGUCAUUGCUGAGGCUCCAAGUAUAAAGAACAACAGAAGAUUCCUGGUGUUUUUUGAUGAUGGUUAUGCCCAGUAUUGCGAUGCUAAAGAACUUCACAAAGUGUACAUGCAGAGUGAAAAUGUAUGGGAGGAUAUCAACCCUGAUACAAGUGCCUUUAUUAAAGAAUAUUUGCGCAUUUAUCCAGAGAGACCAAUGGUGAGGCUAUCUAAAGGACAGGUGGUGAGAACAGAGUGGAAUGGAAAAUGGUGGACUGCCAAAGUUCAAGAGACAGAUGCCAGUCUUGUGAAGAUGUACUUCCAGGCAGACAAGAGAACAGAGUGGCUGUAUAGGGGCUCUACUAGGCUAGAGCCUCUGUUUAGAGCUUUGGCCAAUGCUGAUGCCAUUAAAACAGCGGGCAGUGCCAAAGGACGUAGACACAACCUGAACAUGAGGCCAUCUGAUGACCUCCAGAAACCCUCUGUAGAGUACACACGGGGGGCAGUGGAUGAAGACAGCAGUUCCUCUUCUAAAGCUAAAUCAUCUGGUCGUACUUCUGAAGCAACUAAGAAAAAAUCCAAUGUGGCAAAGAAGAGUACAGGUGGUUCUGUUGACACCAGCGAUGCAUCAAAAUCUGGCCAGUGGGAGGCACCAUGGAUCAAAUAUCAAAGGAAAGCUACCCCUGGCAGCCAGAGGUCACUGAGUACAGACUCCGCAUCACAGGACUCGGAUAAAACAAACAACAGAGCAGAAAAGCGUCAGUCCCAUAAAGAAGGAAACAAUAAAAGCAGUAAAGACAUUGCCAGUGUUUUACAAGAGAGGCUAGCCCAGGUGGAAUAUGAUGAGGAGCAGGCUACUGGGGAGAGAAGGGAGAUUAUGCUGGACACAAAGGACAGAGUUCGUGUCCCUUACACAUUGCACGAGUGUGGUCCAAAAUGUGUGGAGGAAUAUAAUGAUUUAGACAAGUUCAAAGGUCGAAGUUCACAUCUUAAACCACUGCUGUGUGGCUGGGAAAGACAAGUCUGUAAGAUGAGGCCAACCAGCAAACGGUACGUGAUCUACCGAUCUCCGUGUGGACGCAGACUGCGUAACCUUGCAGAAGUGGACAACUACCUGUACCUGACCGACUCCCAGCUGACCAUUGACUUGUUUUGUUUUGACCAGCAGCUGCACGUUAACACAGAGUUUGUUCCUGUCAAGACCUUCUGUGAUAUCAAGGACAUGUCCUAUGGUAAAGAAAAUGUGCCGAUAUCAUGUGUGAACGGAGUGGACCGCCACUACCCAGACUACCUGGAGUACUCAGUUCAACGCACCCCGUCCACAGGGGUCAACCUCAACCUUGACCCUGACUUUCUUGUUUGUUGUGACUGCACUGAUAACUGUCGGGAUCGCAGCAAAUGUGCAUGCCAGCAGAUGACUAUUCAAAACACUUCAUGUAUAGGGGAAGUAGAUCCUGAUGCUGGCUAUCUGUUUAAGAGAUUACCUGAACCACUCUUUACAGGGAUUGUAGAGUGUAACUCAAGGUGUCAGUGUGACAGACGGUGUGCCAACAGAGUGGCUCAACAUGGGUUGACUACCAGGCUACAAGUUUUUAAAACAGAAAAAAAAGGCUGGGGACUAAGAUGCUUAGACGACAUAGCUAAGGGCAGCUUCAUAUGUAUAUAUGCUGGUCAGCUGUUAACAGACAAGGGAGCUAACGAGGAUGGUAAGACAUAUGGAGACGAGUACCUGGCUGAACUGGACUUUAUUGAAGUGGUGGAGAGACAGAAGGAAGGCUAUGAGAGUGAUGUGGAAAUAGACUUCUCAGAUGAGGAUAACAACGCUAAAGAAUCUGAUGAUGACAGUGAUUACAUGCAAACUGGCAGUCCACCUGACCCCAACAGUCAUAGGAAGCUGAGGAAGAGAAAAGCUGCCCAAGAAAAAGCUAAAAAAUCUGAAGAAGAAACAAAGAUCGCUGAGUCAGCAAAAGAGGAUACAACAGUCAGUCAACCCAUCAACAUCUCUGAUGAUGAGGAUGAUGAAGAGGAGGAUGAAAGUGAAUCUAAAAAGGAAAAGAAAGAAGAGAAGCCUGAAACUGAUACCAUAGAUAUUACCAAAAAACUGAGAAGUCGAGCAAAGAAGAGUACAGGUGGCUCUAGAUUUAAUUUGUCUACAACAUAUCACCAGGGGCAGGAACCUGUGCCAGAAAAAGCAGGGGCAGCACCAGAGAAAAAAGAAAGGAUACCCACCAGGAUGUACUUCAGGGACGACACUGAGUGCUACAUCAUGGAUGCCAAAUCUAUGGGCAAUCUUGGGCGAUAUCUCAAUCAUAGCUGCAGUCCAAAUGUUUUUGUCCAAAACAUUUUUGUUGACACACAUGACCUCAGGUUUCCAUGGGUGGCAUUUUUUGCUGGACAGUACAUCAGGGCAGGUACAGAACUCACCUGGGACUACAACUACGAAGUUGGCAGUGUACCUGACAAGGUGCUCUACUGUUACUGUGGUUCAGCCACAUGUAGAGGGAGACUACUCUAGGUUUAUGUUUACAAAAUGUUGUUUGGUUUGUAUAAAAGUUCGCUUCUAUUCUGGAGAAUCAAGCCCAAAGAAUUGUCUUUCUUACUGGCUGAAUUCUGCUAGAAAUUCUUUAAAAAAAUAUAUUUUAAAGCUAUUGAUGUAACAAUUUUGUUUCUUUAUCAGCAUUGACCAGAUCAUAUUUUUUAAAUGUUUGAUAGUGGUUCUAGUUAACUAUGUUCUCUAAAAGAUUUGUUUUGCUCAUGUAGUUGUACAAAAAUAUGUCUUGUAAAUAAAAUUUGUAACUU